AUGUGGGACGCGUAUCUAGUCGUAUGGACACUGCUGAGUCUCCUGCUCGGCGUUCCAUUGGGAAUGCUGAGCGAAAAACUUCGCAAAUACUCACUCCAACGCUGGCUCGUGGCUCUAGCUCCGCUCGCACUUGUGCUAGUGGUCUCCAUUCGUGACGGUGUUGGAGUCGCUGCAAGUUACUAUCUCGGACGCCACGUGGGGGCCUCGUUCAUCGGUGUGGGGCUCACGGGAGGCAUCGCCACAGGCAAAAGCACGGUCUCCAAGGUCUUCCAUCAGGCUGGUGCCGUUAUCAUCGACGCCGAUGUCGUGGCCCGAGACGUCGUGAAGCCUGGACGUGGUGCGUAUAAGGAGAUUGUCCGUUCUUUCGGCCCGGAAGUGCUCAAUGAAGUCGACGCGACCAUCAACCGCGCCAAGUUGGGCGCCCUCGUCUUUGGGAACUCCGCGCAGCGGAGAAAGCUUGAUGCUGCCACGCACAAGUACAUCCUGUGGGAGAUGUUCCAGCAGCUUGUCUACUACCGCCUGGUCUGUCGCAAACGACUGGUCGUGCUGGACGCGCCGCUGCUGUUCGAGACGAAGCUGCUCGAGUUUUUCUGUUACCCGAUUAUUGUGGUGGCUUGUUCCGAGACGACUGAGCUCAAGCGACUCAUGGAGCGCGAUAAUAUUCAGCAGGAAGAUGCAGCCAGGCGUAUCAAGUCGCAGAUGCCGCUUCAGGAUAAAGUAUCAAGGGCGGAUUUCGUCAUCCAGAACGACGGAACACUGGAGGAUUUACUGGUUUGUACACAAAAGACGCUUAAACGAACGGCGGCUUUCGUUGGCGCGUCGCGUGAAUUGUGCUUUUAA